AUUAAGGCAUGAACCUGGUCUCUCCAUGAGAACACACCCAUAGAAGGCAGUGGAAAAGAAGGAAGCCUGGAAAGACCAUUAAAAUAGAGCAGCAGUGCACUUCCUUUAUUUCCAACAAGCCCGUUCGUCUCCGAGGAAUUUAACAGCAGUAGUCACACUAAUACUCAGCGCGUGGCAUCUCGAAAGGCGGUGGACAUUGUACUUUUCGGCUGGGUGAGGAACUGGAUCAUUGUUGACAUCGCAGAAGAUCGUCUACCUCCCUCUAAUUCUGCUGUCAGAUAUUAAAGUGAAGCAAUGAAGAGUGUCAGGAGCUGUAUUGGCACACUUGUGGUGCUGGUACUGUUUCGGGUGGGAGAGAUCGCAGAAGCGUGCAGUUGUUCCCCCGUCCAUCCUCAACAGGCGUUCUGCAAUGCUGAUGCUGUAAUCAGGGCCAAAGUGGUUGGAAAAAAAGAAGUGGAUUCUGGGAAUGAUAUUUAUGGGAACCCCAUCAAGCGGAUCCAAUAUGAGAUUAAGCAGAUCAAGAUGUUCAAAGGCCCGGAUCGCCACAUCGACGUGAUCUUCACCGCGCCUUCAUCUGCAGUGUGCGGGGUGACGAAUUUGGAAACUAACGGCAAGAAGGAGUACCUCAUCUCAGGUAAAAAAUAAAAAUAAAAAACUCAU